AUGUCGCGCCAGUUGCGCCGCGAAGAUUACACGGUAGGAUGGGUGUGCGCGCUGCCCAUCGAGCUGGCCGCCGCCCAGGAAAUGCUGGACGAAGCGCACGAUGACCUCAAGCGUGACUUGGCUGACAGGGACGAGAACUUGUACGCCCUUGGAUCGAUAGGCAAGCACAACGUGGUCAUUGUGUGCCUACCUGCUGGUUGCAUUGGUAACAAUCCGGCGGCGGCUGUGGCGGCUGUGGCGGUGCAGAUGCGGGCGACAUUCAAGGGGAUGAGAUUUGGGCUGAUGGUGGGCAUUGGCGGGGGAGUGCCUAGCGAACAUGUGGAUAUCCGCCUUGGGGAUGUGGUGGUUAGCCAGCCCAGCAAGACGUUUGGCGGGGUGGUGCAGUACGACAUGGGCAAGGCAACACCAAGCGGCUUUGAACGAUCAGGGGCACUCAACUCGCCGCCGCAGAUGCUACUUGCCGCAGUCGCACGAGUGCGGGCGAACGAGCUUCGAGGCAAGAGCAGGCUUGAUGAGCACCUUUCUAAGCUCGAAGGCGUCCCUAGGUUUCAACGCAGCAAAACAGGCCCAGACGUCCUCUUUGAGGCCGCAUACAACCAUAUGGGCGGACAGACAUGCAGCAAGUGCAGCGUCGACAGACAAGUGGAUCGAGUGCCGCGCGAGGAUGAAGAAGAACUGGUAGUAACCCACUAUGGCACCAUCGCAUCAGGAAACAAGGUGAUGCAAGACGCUAUCCAGCGUGAUCAAGUCAGCGCCGACCUUGGCGGCGUGCUCUGCUUCGAGACGGAGGCGGCGGGCCUGAUGAAUAGCUUCCCGUGCCUCGUGGUGCGCGGUAUCUGCGACUACGCCGACUCGCACAAGAACGAGCGGUGGCAGGCAUAUGCGGCGGGUACGGCGGCAGCAUGGGCGAAGGAACUACUGUCGGUCGUUCCCGCAGUGGAGGUGGUGAAGGCGCACAUGAUGGAUGAGGCCCUCAGCGCAAGCCGACAUGCGCCCACCUACUACCUCCCGUUUUCCAAGAACCAAUACUUUGUUGGACGACGGAACGAGCUUGAAGUAUUGAAGUAG